CGGGAGACAACGAAGCGGACGUUACUCGCAGUACAGAGUUUUGCUAUUGAUUUCAAGAAAAAUACAUUUAUCUCCGAAAUGCCCAGAGUAACCAUGAGGAGAUGCAUUAUAAAAAUGAACGACCCCGCGAUUGGAGACUAUUUCAUGUGCAAGAAUUGCAAACAUUUCAUGUUGUCGAGAGAGACGGCAGAAUUGCAUCGUAAAUGUACCAAACAAGUAUUGGCCGCAUUUGAACCAAAGGAAGAUGUAUAUCGCUGUUCAACAUGUGGUAGAUACUUCGAUAACAAAGAGCAAUGGAGUGAACACAAUAACUUACACAAAGCAAUCGGAGAUUACGAUCCGUUCAAAUUUGCAUACCUUAUAGACGACGAUAAUUUUGUUAGGAGUUUACGUUUAUAA